AUGGCGCGAAGGGGCGUGUCUUAUAUUGAGCGCUUGGUGUCCAACUCGAUGGCUCGUACAAAGCAAACGGCUCGCAAAUCGACAGGUGGUAAAGCACCACGGAAACAAUUAGCAACAAAAGCGGCAAGAAAAUCAGCUCCGGCAACCGGUGGUGUGAAAAAGCCGCAUCGUUAUCGUCCUGGUACUGUUGCACUGCGUGAGAUUCGACGUUAUCAGAAGUCUACCGAACUACUUAUCCGCAAACUGCCGUUCCAGCGAUUGGUGCGUGAGAUUGCGCAAGAUUUCAAGACAGAUCUUCGUUUCCAGUCUUCAGCUGUACUUGCAUUGCAAGAAGCUAGCGAAGCCUACUUAGUAGGCCUUUUCGAAGAUACGAAUCUGUGUGCCAUUCACGCGAAACGCGUCACAAUUAUGCCGAAGGACAUCCAACUAGCUAGGCGCAUCCGUGGCGAACGAGCUUAA